GCGAGUUGGAAAUUGUUAUUAAUUGGAAAAUGUUCCCAUUGGACUUUUCUUAUAUUGCCAAGUCACACCUGGCAGUGGAGGCGAGAUGCGACAUGCCAAUUGUGGAUGACUGCACCCGCCCGAGACAUCUUCCUUAAAUCGCCGGUCGCCGUCAAUAUGCUGCUUAUCCUGGCCACCACCGAGGACAAGGCCCUUAAUUAGAUCGUCUACAGCAAUGUGAAAUACCGCCAAUUCGACUUGCAGGAAGUCCAGGACUGCCUUGAGUGCGUUUUUGAAAGGAUCUGGCAGGAGGGCCUGCAAAGGCACUUGCAGGCGUUGGUGGCGGAUAAAUGGACGCAGAACGUGCUCCUCAAGGAGGCGGGAUUCCCCAUCAUAACGGACCUGCGCCACCUGCAACAGCGGAUGGCCGCAAUGGGGCACGUGGACGUGCUCCUUGGAGCCGUCCACAAAAGAAGAGGCGAAUAAGGACGAUCAAGUCGCCACAGAAGCACCGAUUAAAAAGGCCACCCAAAUUAUACAUUCAAAAGUGACAGAAAAACAGUGUAAAUCUGGUUAUAAUGGAUGCAGCGGAAUCCCAAUCUGCGGAGUCCGACCAGUAUGCAAUUAGGUUUCCCAUACCCGAAAUUACUGAUCCCUCCAUGUGCCGCGAUGAGUUCAUUAAGAAUUACGUGGAAAGUGAGGAGAAGAGGAUCAAUUUGCUAAAGCCCAGAUCAGUUCUUAGCCAUAGGAGCAUGUCCGUGGUUAUUCAGAUGCCAGAAGAGAAUCCAGAUGCCGAGCCAAAACUUGCAAACGUUAUUCACAAGUGGCUGGAAUUGGCUCGCAGUGGCGUCAAGCAUCAAUCAUCAAUAAGGAAAUCCGUGGAGCGCACGAGUCGAAUGUCCCAGCUGAUGCAGCUCAAUCAGCAGUGCCAGAAGGCGGCCAUCGAGUUCAUGUCAGUGCGCCUUCUCAGGCAACUGCGACUCUUCUCCUACCCCUGGCCCGGUAAACUGGACGAAAUCCCCAACAAUCUGUUUAGCUGGUCGCUGGAUAACUUCAUGGCGCGUCUGGAAAUCAAUCAGUUGUACCUUGACGUGAUCAAUCGGGAGCGGACCACCGAAGACCUCGACUGCCUGAAGUUCCGGGCGGAUCUGCAUGAAAUGAUGCGUUUAAUCUACGAGAUCAGAGAGGACUUUAGCGAAGAUCAGGAUAUGUGCGAAAACAGCAUUCAAAUGCUGCGUGAGGCCAAGUACAACUUAGAUGGUCCUUGGAUUAAGGGUCUUGCUGAAAAUAUCCAAACAAGGGAGAAACUAAGGGGCUAUGUUGAGCUUAAUACGUCCAGCAGCGUUAACAUGAAAAACAUACGUCUAACGGAGGUCCUCGAUCAGUUCGAGGACGUAAGCGCUCUGGAUCCCAUUGAACUGCGCUAUAGGUUCAACUGGCUGAACAGCUGUGCCGACCAGCGGCUGAUGCGCCUCAAUGGACGCGAGGAUGAGCUGGCCAAGCAACUCAAGGAUUUGGAGGACACCAUUAGAAAGGACAAGUUGGUGCGCAACCACUCGGAGCACAUGUACGCCAUCGAAGUGGACAAUCUGCGGGACAAACUCAACGAGUGGCAGAUGCGUUUCGAAAACGAUCUUGAAAACGUGGAGGUGGAGUGCACGGUGGCCAGACUUGCCCUGCAAAAAGUCAAGGACGAUCACAAGUUCUAUAUGGAGCAAGAGAAGAUGUUCAAGCGGAGAAUAGCCGAGGAGAGGGAACUGAUGGCACAGGAGGAGAAAAUACGAAGGGAUAAGCAGGCAAAAGCUGAAAGAGCCACCAUUGAUGUGGCGGCCGCGGUAAAGGUCAUAGAGGCUGUGUACAAGCCCAAGCAACCAGCCAAGAAAAAAAAGAAAUCAGCCAAAUUCUAAAGCUCAUCGAUAUUCGACAAAAUGUAUUUAUGUUGGCAACCCAAACAAAAUAAUCAAAUAUCUCUGUGUAAAGCCUGGCGAACUUAACCCCCAAAGGGUUCA